CACGCUCGAUUGUUCGAUAAAGAGUUUGAAAGUUGUAUUUCGAUUUUUUUUCGGGAACAGAUACAGGGAAGCUGUACCAUAGGCUAGAUACAUUUGCAAUGGCUUUACCGUAUGCGUAACCAUGACUGACUCUGAAUGUUAAUAGUUGUACUAUGAAACGAAUGCCGAUUAAUGCUUCUAGUAUCACGUACGUAACUAUGACCGGCUGGGAAUGUCCGACCUUUCUACCUCUACCUCAAAGGCAACAAUAAAACCUCACCUGUCUGCUGCCCGGUGGUGACCUGUAGGUGACACUACGUACACACCUGACAAGUCGACAGAUUUAUUCCCAAGAAAUGAGUGACAAGAGUUAAAGACGACGCCAUGCGCCGAGGGGCGUGUCCACCAGGUGACCGCGACCAAUGGCGAACCGUCUAUUUGGUCACGCCACAACAAACCCGGUGACGUUCUGUUGACAGUCUAAGGAAAUGACCAAUCAACAUUCAAAGUUAAGUUGUAAAACUCCAACUCUGAAGUAGUCAAUGAACAUGCUAAGACCUGAAGAACAGCAUACGUAGCGCCAGGUUUGCCCUGUUUAGACAUUUCACAACUGAAGUACGUAUACGGGUGGGGAAAAAUCACACACCCAACCUGACGUGGCUACCUGUACAAGACUCCGUUCAAGUUCAAGGUAACAUCAUCAUCACAUGGCCAUGGCCACGUCUCUUCGUGACGUCAUCUUCGUCUUCUUGUUACUUCUGUCCUCUGAACUAACAGUUCAAGGAACGGGCAGUAAAACCGCGAAAAAGAAAGGCUCCAACAUUCUCAUCGUUGAACAAACUCCACACAGCACGUGGCUGACCCUCCGGUUGCUGGGACGUACCCUGGCCGACAGGGGGCAUUCCGUCACUAUGAUGAUGCCUGACGACGUCUUCAAGCAUCUCAUCAGCACACCUGUACAAGACAAGGUCAAGUACGAAGGCGCUCCUUGCGAGCCGGGGACGUUGGCAGCAGGGCGUGCUUUUGAAGGUCACUACUGGGAAGGAGAAUACACCAACUUGUUGGAAACCGUCGAUAACUUUCUGGCCGCGGGCAGCAAAAGUUGUGAAGCGAUACUUCUUCACUUGGACCGACAAGUCGCCGAAGGUCUCAAGUAUGACGUUGUGCUGUCAACUACCCCUGACUUUCCCUGUGGGCCCGUUUUGGCGCGUUAUCUCGGCUUACCGUCCGCCAUUGUGUAUGUACCUGCUUCUUCACUACUCUUCGGCUCCGGUAACCCCUUCCCUCUGGCGUACUGGCCCGUCAUGCCCAGCGGAUUCUUAACGGAAAUGACAUUCAAGGAGAAAAUACAGAACGUUCUUUACUACUUAGGAGCGAGGUACUAUCAUGGUGUAGAAUGUUCCGCUUUUGACUUCAUCGUGCACAAAUACAUUUCAAACGACACCAACACAGAGGAGCUUCUGUACAACACGGACCUGUGGUUGUCUGUGGCAGACUUCACUGUAGAGUUCGCCAGGCCGACCAUGCCCAAUGUCGUCAACAUAGCGGGCUACAAUUCUGUUGAUCCCAAGCCUCUUCCAAAGGACUUAGAAGAUUUCAUGCAAAGUUCCGGAGAUGCAGGAGUGAUCCUCUUCAGUUUGGGCUCCAUCACCGCAGGCAUGCCGGAGAGGAUAGAACAGGUCCUUCUGAACGCUUUCGCACAGCUUCCACAGAAGGUCAUCUGGAAAAUGCCUCCAGACACUGACCCCAACAGUGUGAAGUUCCCUCCUAACGUCAAGCCGAUGAGCUGGAUGCCACAGAAUGAUUUGCUAGCUCACAAGAAGAUGAAACUGUUCGUCACACACGGAGGAACUAACGGCGUGUACGAGUCCGUCAACAACGGGGUGCCGAUGGUGUCUCUGCCACUCGCCGCCGACCAUCACGACAACGUGGCCCGCGUCGUGGGACGAGGGUUGGGCGUCAGACUCGACAUCUUCACCAUGACGACAGAGGAACUGCUUCAGGCAAUCAACCACGUGUUAUCAACAAAGAGCUACCAGGAGAACGUGGACCGCGCCGCCCGGAUCCUGAGUGACCAGCUCACCAAGCCCAUGGACCGCGCCAUGUGGUGGAUAGAGCACCUCAUCAGGCACGGCGGACUGCCUCAUCUGCGCACGCGCGCACACAAGAUCCCCUUUUACGAGUAUUUCCUGCUCGACGUCAUAGCUUUCUUUGUAACAGUUCUAACUGUUGUGUUAGGUGGGGUAGUGUGCGUCUGUCGUCUGGCUUACCGGAAAAUAAGAGGGAAACAACAGGUACAGAUGAUGGAGAAGAAAGACAAUUAAGAUUUUCUUGAGAUACACACAUUUGCUUAUGCUCUUUUGCUGCUAUUGAAUAACUGUUGCAAAAUAACAUCAUUUCCAACGGUAUACAAAAUUUAUGACUUACGCUUUGUGAUUAGCAUUCAACUAGUGUGAGAGAUGGAUUGAUGAUAGAUCUAUUCU